CAGCUAGGCACACAAACCGAUGCUAACACAACUAACUGCCAAGUUAGCUUGUCAGCUAUUUCGGGUCCGGGGAAAUGGCGUCGUUAACGGCGACAGAACCAGGGUUAGGACCGGUAGCAAUACCAGCAGCCGAGUCCAUAGUACCGGCUUGUAUGUUUGCACCAGACCGAGGAUGCGGGGACGAUCCAUCCGGCGGAGAGGGCUUUGAAGACGGGGAAGGCACAAACGGCGAGUCCGCGGCUCAUCUAGACUUCAGCAGCAAGCUGGUUCUGGUCAGUCCAACAGGGGAACAGUAUGAUUCAUUACUACGAAAUCUGAGAGAGCGGAUGGACGAGGGCUGCGGGGAAACCAUUUAUGUGGUGGGAAUGGGCUCAGAUGGAGGCGACUAUGGUCUGGAUGAGAAGGACAUGGAGGCGUCGGUGGCCACAGUGCAGUCGCUGUGCGAGCAGAUCGAGGCCGACCUGAUCCUGCUGAGGGAGAGGACAGACACCGGAGGAUCGAUACGGGACUACCUCAUUCGCCGGCGUGUGGGGGAGCAGGACUUCCUUGAAGUCAGGGUGGCGGUGGUGGGGAACGUGGACGCUGGGAAGAGCACCCUGCUGGGGGUGUUGACCCACGGCGAGCUGGACAAUGGCAGAGGCUUCGCCCGUCAAAAGCUCUUCAGACACAAACAUGAGAUGGAGAGCGGCAGGACCAGCAGCGUGGGCAACGACAUCCUGGGCUUUGACCAGGAUGGACAGGUGGUGAACAAGCCAGACAGCCACGGUGGCAGCCUGGACUGGACCAAGAUCUGUGAGAAGUCCUCCAAGGUCAUCACCUUCAUCGACCUGGCUGGACACGAGAAGUACCUCAAGACCACUGUGUUCGGCAUGACCGGACACCUGCCUGACUUCUGCAUGCUCAUGGUUGGCAGUAACGCUGGCAUAGUUGGCAUGACCAAAGAGCAUCUGGGCUUGGCACUGGCCCUCAAUGUGCCAGUGUUUGUAGUGGUUACUAAGAUAGACAUGUGUCCGGCCAACAUCCUCCAAGAGACUCUUAAGUUAUUACAGAGAUUAUUAAAGUCACCAGGCUGCAGGAAAAUCCCCGUCCUGGUCCAGAACAAGGAUGAUGUCAUUGUCACAGCCUCCAACUUCAGCUCUGAGAGGAUGUGCCCAAUCUUCCAAAUAUCCAAUGUGACAGGGGAGAAUAUGGACCUGCUGAAGAUGUUCCUGAACCUUCUCUCCUCCAGGACCUCCUACAGCGACGAGGAGCCCGCAGAGUUCCAGAUAGACGACACAUACUCUGUACCGGGUGUGGGCACAGUAGUUUCAGGGACUACGUUACGUGGAUUGAUACGGCUCAACGACACACUGCUCUUAGGCCCAGACCCGUUGGGCAGCUUCAUCCCCAUUGCUGUAAAAUCCAUCCACCGCAAGAGGAUGCCUGUCCGAGAGGUUCGCGGUGGACAGACGGCCUCCUUCGCCCUCAAAAAGAUCAAGCGUUCAUCUAUAAGGAAAGGCAUGGUGAUGAUCUCCCCAAAGUUAACGCCACAGGCCACCUGGGAGUUUGAGGCUGAGAUCCUGGUCCUUCAUCACCCGACCACGAUAUCCCCAAGAUACCAGGCCAUGGUCCACUGUGGCAGUAUCAGACAAACAGCCACCAUCCUCACCAUGAACAGAGACUGUCUACGGACAGGAGACAAGGCCACAGUCCACUUCCGCUUCAUCAAAACCCCCGAAUACCUGCACUGUGACCAGAGACUGGUGUUCAGGGAAGGACGCACCAAAGCUGUGGGCACCAUCACUAAGCUACUCCAAUCAGUGAACACCCAGGCAGCUAAGGCUCAACAGGCCAAGAUGCAGGCCAAUAAGAAGGCCUCUAAGGAAAGCACAGCAGCCAAUGAGGAGGUCGGUUCCAUGGCGAGGCCGGCCAGUCCCAGCACAGCACAGCCCAAGUCGGGAGGCGGAGGACGCAGGAGAGGUGGUCAGAGACACAAAGGGAAAGGCCUCAACGCCGCCGCCACAUCUACGUCUGCAGGCGGAGCAGGCACGGCCUAAAAACACCACCCUCUCCUCUUCAGCCCUCUUCAUCUCUGUUACAGCUGAGGAAAGUGAACACGUUGCCCUCUGGUGGUUGCAUUCAAAUCCCCGCUGCACAAGGGACUGAGUAUAAAAUCAUAUUAGUUAUAUUCAGCGGUUUGAAAUAAAUGUGAGUGAAACCCUUUCCAUUUAAAGCCACUAUUAAGCUUUUUUUUUAUUGGUGUAAUUACUUACGGGCUGAGUUUUUAUUUGAUUUGAGAUUGCGUUAUAAAGUAUCAUCUUUUCAGUUCAAACACAGCAUUUCUUGAAGCGUUCAUGCAGUCACUUGUUCAUUAGAAAGUAGCUUUACCAAUGACCAGAUCAAUAGGUGUUUUUUUUUUUUUUUUUUGUUUCAGAAAUGAAUGCAACCAGCAGAUUUAUCAUCACUUUCCCAGCCUAAACCUUCCCUACCGUUUAAACUGUUGCCCUCUCUGCUCUCCUGCCUUUUAGAUCCCAUCCUGUCCCACUCCACAUAACUUAAUUCACCUCUUCAGAGGGUGUCGGGGUUGGAGUCUGUUUACCGUCACAUCAGUCAGUUCAGGAAGCGUUGGGUCUUCAGUAGUUCAAACAGAAAAUAUUUUGCCUUUUGAAAUGUUCUUAUAAGCCCAUUGAUAUUACGAAACCUGCAGUUUGAAUUUACAUUUUGAAUUGAGUGAAUUGAAAGGGAACUGACCCCAACCCUGACGGGGUAUUAACAUCUAUAACAAACUGAUCCUUGAGCAGGAGGUUAAACUUGUUAUAAUGUUAGCCUUUGGCACAGCUUGUGCCAGAGAAGGAACUCUCACCAGCAUAACGCCGGGUAAAUCUUUUUCUGUGACUGAUUAGUUAGUUUACUCUACUAUCCCCUUUGGUAGUAGGUCAGCUGUCAUUUGGACAUCCUGGUCUGGUUUAAAGGCCUGUCUGAGUGGUAGGACAGUGAAAGUGGUUGGUGAAUUUUGGGAUUUACCGGCCACUGUGGCAGGUCGACUGAAAAGUACAUUCUCUGCCCUGGGCUUGGUGCUUCCAUUGCACUGAUCACCUCUUUUGGAAAAUUGCCUCAUAGAUGAAGAGCAAAAAAGACCCAAUAAAACAAGGUCCUUUUUUAAAUUAAUUUUGAAUCCCUCCACUCUGAGAGCUUCUGUUCCAGUUUUAACAAACUGACUAGUGAAUUAGUUUGAAAGUAUUUGUCCCAAUUUUCUCUUUAUUUUCCAGAUCAUAUAGUGUCAGCAUGGCUUUGUCAUGUGGUAACUCAGCACAAGCCUCUGUGAACUCUCAAGUCUACACAGUUUGCAGGGAAAUAACCUUUCCAGCACAACUCCAAGCACAGUGUUGAUCAUUAUGGUCUACCAGUGGCACCACAAUGAAGCCAUACACAGAAAUUAUUAAUCCAGUAAUUCUUCUUCUUGGAUGCGAUGACUGAGGUUAUGGUUGACACUAAUAAUGACUAAAGAUAAGUUAAAGCUAGUUUUAAUUGUUAAAAAAAAAUAAAUGGGUGCUAUGUGGCAGAAAGUUAUUUUAUACUAUGAAGGAGAAAGGGAAGGCACAACAAAACGCCCCUAAUUUGUCUGCUAAAUAAGAGAUUGGACUUGAAAGUUGCAAGGUUUGAAUACAAAUGUGCAUUUUGCCCUCCAGCGUAUGCUCUCCUCCAUAACUGAAGAAAUUAGUUGCUGGAAGUUAUUUUUUAUAGUCAGAGAGAAAUAAACUUUUUUUAACCAUUGUUGCCUGAUUUGUUGGCGCAGUAAAAGUGGCUGGAGCUGAACUUGUGCUUUCUUAUUGCCCACCAGCAGACAUUUUAAUGCUGCUGUAUGACUCUGCAUCAGUCGGUCAAAUAGCUCAAAUCAGCCAUCAGAUAGUAACUCAGCGAUGUGGUUGCUGGUAGUCUAAACACCAGCCCAGGUCAGCUCAGGUUGUUUUCUGUGCAAACACACUUCUUCAUAAUAACGUAGACCAUUGAUCACAUCUGGCUCCGCUGGGAAGCCACAAUGCUUUGCCACAGCAGACACUCUGGCCCUGUUCACAAUCGGCGUUAACAUCUGUUUCAGGGGGUUCGGUCCUAUGUGGACCGCCGAGGCAGGCCCCCCGUUUACAAAUGGCAUUACGAUGCAUCUCAAAUGCAUCUCCACUGACUUAGCAGAUUUCUAUCAGACUUACGUUUUCCUUUCUUUUCUUACUUUGAUUCCUCUGUACUUAUUCUCCCUCCCUUCCCUUCUUUGUUCCUCGUAUCCCCCACCCGUCCUUUUCCCUAUCUCUGGCCCAUUCACAAAGCAGCUGUGCCCAGCCACUCAGUUUUGUUUAUUGUGUCCAACAAAGACAACACUGUUUCACCACGAAAUAAACCUCCUUCAACCUUGAACUUCACACCAGCAAUCCGCUCUGCCAAAACGUCCUUCCACAAAGCGACCAGGUUGUCUGAUGCUGCUGUUGGGGAUGCAUCCGGAUGCAUUAGGAAAGAGUUCACACUACAAAUGCUACGUGGUCUAAUGUGGCCCUGACCUCGUCUAAUGGUGGUUUGGGUGGUAGGAUCACAAAGUGUCACCAGCUAUAGUUCGAGCUGUCCAUUUACUAACACCAAGACAGGUGUUGAACCUGUGUGAAUGUGUCUAAAAAAUAUUUCUAAUAUUUAUUUUGGUGUCAACAUCUUUUCUUGUGUGGUUUUAUUAGGUUGUUGGAAGGCUCUCCUCCCUAUUCUAGGUUUUGUACUGGGAAGGUAAAAAAUUAUUGGCUGUUCUCACAGCGCCAGGAGCCGUUACUCCCACAUAUUCAUAUUGUGACUGCAAGCUGGUCACACAUUAAACUGCUCUGAGGUUUGUGUCUUUGGGGUAAUUCUCCUGUACAGACUAACAUAUUUUAUAACAGACACAAACACCGUAAACUGCCAGGAUAUUUUUCCCUCUUUUUUUUCUUUUCUUUUUUUUUUCCCCAGAAAUUACCAAUAGUGCAUGGGUUUAUUUUUGAAGAGACACAUUUUGUGUGUAUGUAUGUACAAAAAUACAAAUUGUGCAGAAGAAUUAAGGAGGUAAAAAAAAGAUGCCAUUUAAAUUAAGUGGUGCCAGUUUGUGUUGUAAAUCCUUUUAAAUAAAGAUGUUUCAGAAUA